UCCUGGAUCGAAACUCAACCCGAACAGAAGUGAAUAGAAACCAACAAACAUUAACUUCCCUGCUGGACAAAUUGGGCUCAUUCCCAGCAGGAACCAAAGCCUGUGCACAGUGAAGAAAAUAAUUAUGGGCUUGUUUCAAGUACAUCCCCGCGAUCUGGACACAUACAUUUACGAAAAUCUCCAACCUGAUGAACGUUUUUUGAACCAAGUGGCUGAGACCAUUGACAAGAUUUGUACAUUCUUAAAGGAACAAUGUCCCUACAAAAUCAGUAAAGCUGUGAAGGGUGGAUCCCUUGGAAAAGGAACAGCUGUAAAAAAUGGCGCUGAUGCAGAUUUGGUUGUCUUUCUCAACAACUUCAAGAGUUUUGAAGACCAAACGGGAAACCGGACUGAAAUUUUGAGAGUCAUUUCUGAUCUGUUGUUGAAAUAUGAGAAAAACAUUGGACAUCAGAUCAAAAUGACACCGCCCAAAAUAAAUCACAGUUCUUCUCCUCCUCGCUCCCUCAACUUCCAGUUUAAAUCCACAAGAUCGUCUGAUUUUGUUGAGGUCGAUGUUCUCCCUGCAUUUGAUGCCUUAGGUCAAGUAACAAGAACUCGUGCUCAAGUCUAUGAAGAUCUCAUUGCAACCCGAGAACGUGGGGGGGAAUUCUCGCCAAGUUUCACCGAACUUCAGAGGGACUUUGUAAAAGCCCGUCCUACUAAACUUAAAAGCCUUAUCCGACUUGUGAAGUAUUGGUAUACUGAGCAUGUCCAUCGCCCAUAUAAACCCCAACUGAGAAGCGGAGAGGAUUUGCCACCGAAGUAUGCUCUGGAACUGCUGAUCAUCUAUGCAUGGGAGAGCGCUGAGAAGGAAGAACAUUUCAGCACCGUGGAAGGAUUUCGCACCGUUCUGGAACUGAUUGUCCAGUACAAACACCUUUGCAUAUUUUGGACCACAAACUACAGCAUCAGAUUAAUGAAAAACAAGCUUAAAGAAUCAAAGCCAAUGAUCCUUGACCCCGCAGACCCAACAGGUAACGUUGCUGCAGCAGCGAGAUGGGAUCUAGUGGCAGAAGCGGCCAAGUACUGUUUACAGCAGAAGUGUGUGAAAGAUGUCAACUCCUGGGACGUUAAGCCAGGGAAAGACAUUUGAAAUCACUGUGACCGGCCUGGAUGGUAAUUCAUUACGACUAACGGACAACAUUUAUUUCAAGGUCUCUGAGCUCAAACGCAACAUUCAGCAAAAUUGGACCAUUCCAGUCUCCCAACAACGCCUGGUAUUCAGUGGCACCAUUUUGGAUGAUAGCAACACAUUGUUGGAUGCCAGGAUCUUCUUUGAUGCAACGAUCAUUACCCCAUUCCUGCCUUCUCCCCCUAUUAUCUGACUCUGCUAUUUUUAAGAGCCCUAUCUAGCUCUCUCUUGAAAGCAUCCAGAGUACCUGCCUCCACCGCCCUCUGAAUUCCACAGACUCACCACUCUCUGUGAG